CUUUUGCUUCUUCUUCUUUGUGCUUUGCUCUUGUUGAAUGGCGUCGAAAUUUGCCGUCUCGACCGUUGCGACGCCACCGCCGGGAGCACCGAGCGGCGUUCUCCUCGCCCCAGGAUCGUCUUCAUCGGCGUCAGCGGGCCCUGCCGGCGCGGCUGCGAGCUCGGCUGGCGGCAAUGGCGAAGCGAGAUCUCGCGAUUCUGCUGCUGCUGCUGCUGCUGGUGCUGCUGCUGCGGCUGCCACUCCCACGACUGCAGCAUCCGCUUCUACGACAACAACGACAGUCUCGAACGCGGCCGCAGCCGUGGCGGGCGCAGUGGGGCGCGGAUCCCGCGACGCCCUGUUCCAGGAGACUGUGAUGCAUCUGGCCGAGUCGCUGGGCGCACUGCAAACGCCGCCGCCGUGGUCCAAGGUCAACAGACUGCUGACACUGUGUCCGACGAUGCCGAGCCCUGGUAGCGGCAGUAGCAGUGGCGCUGCUGGUACAGGACUGGUCAUGCCGACGCCAACGUUGGUCUCCUAUGGUCCCUCGUCGCCAAUCGUCACCCCUUCCGCGUCGGGCUCUGCCGCAGUCUCGACCAGCAGCAACUCGCAGUUUGGUCUGGCGCCUUCAACGACGGGAGCAGAUGGCUCGGAGCAACAACAGGCACCGCCGGUCGUCGCCUUUGUUGCUGAUCCAGAUCCGUCGGUGUCGUCUGUGCCUGCCUCGGGGGCGACGACCACGGAACCCUCAACGCCCGGUGUGGCAGCGUCCAUGGCGGCGUCGCUGGUGGCCGGCACUGCGGCAGCAUCCCCAGCAGCCCUGGCGUUUGCUGCUCCCUCUGCCGAUUGGCAUGCGCGCUCGCGAGCUGCCGACAUCUGGGCCACCCUCGCUCCAGCGCUGCCCACCGUCACGGAUCGCAACCAGUGCGCCGUGCUCGCAUUGGGCAAGUACUUUGUUACCUCUGCAGGUGCCUACCCGACUCAGAUUCUGCCGUACCUGUUUCAGCUGCUGCACCAUCUGCCCUUCCUGUCGUAUUCCACGAGCAACGCUGUUUCCCCGGCAGCUCUGGCCGUCCUUUCGGGCGCGCUUGCUUCGUUUGGCGUCGCCUCUGUCAAGGCGAGUGUCGCGAGCGCGUUGUCAGCUGCAGGCACGUCCAGCCCUGGCGCCGCUGCCGCUGCCGCGGCGUCCGACCAUUCUGACAAUCCCGUCGAUUUGGCCGACGCAACUACGGCCCUCCCCGCCGAGCACUUUGCCUUCAGUCUCGUCACCAUGCUGCUCGGAAUUGCGCGAGAGCUGCCGUCCUCGGCCGAGGCCAUCCGGGUUGCGAUUGUUGAGACGCUCGAGCUCUGUGGCUUUUGGCUUGCCCAGGAGAACACCCACGCCGCCGACGACGCUGCAAAGCAGGUUGUUGACGUGCCAGCACGUCUGUGCCGCGUCGUCAUUCCAACCACGAUUGGCCUCGCACGCGCCAUCUCGCUCUUCAGCGGGCAGCAGCUGCCGAGUCUGCUCCUCUCCUCGUCUGGGCGUGGCGACACUGCAGCCACCCUCCGCUCCGUCGCUGGCAGCAGCGUUACCACGACGACCGUUAGCCAGGGAAGCAGCACGACCACCUCGGACAGCGCCGCGCAGCGAGCUGUCAUCCCGUGGACGGUUGCGCAUGCUCGCCGCAUCACACAGGCCGUGCUGGUCCUCACCAAGAGCGACAACAUCAGCCGCCUCGAGGCCGUGCUGCUGACAGUCAAAGCGCGGGAUCUCGACUUUGGCGCCGACUUGCACCGCGCAAUUGUUCCCGCCCUGCACGUGUGGCUCCGUGCUCUGCUUGCCUCUGUGCUUGAUUGCGACCGCGAAAUCGACUCGAUCGCUCAGCACGCCUUGCCUGUGCAACCCGAGGCAUCCCGACCUCGCACUUCCUCGGCGCCAUUCGGAUUGACCCGAAUGCAGGAAGACAAGCCGCGGCCGUCCGCCAUCACCACCGAAAGCGGGCAGGUGAUCAUGUCUGGAUACGAAGGAGUGCACUUUCCCGCGAGCGCAAGUCUCACGAGCGAGGGCGCCCACUUGGCGGCUGGCUCUCAACCGGCGAGCUACGAGGCGAGUUUGCUGCUCUCCGCCCUCGAGCAGAAUGGCCGGCCAGCCUUCCUGGGCGACAUUUUCCAAUCCGCCUUGCGCUGCCUGGAGCACUCGAGCGCCGUUCUGAACAGUAUCGUGUCUGAAAGUGGAGCGACAGGUGCCGGCAGCAGCAGUAUCAGCACCAGCACCAGCACCAGCAAUGCCGCGAAUGGCGCGAAUGCCGUUGGCACACCCACCACCUCCACUGGUCCGACCAUCCAACUGCUUGCACUCAAUGUGGAUUUGCUUGUUGCGAGUGCCACCACGAACGAGCAGUUUGAUCGCGCCUUUUCCGUCCUCCGCGACGAACUCAAGGUCGAGGAAUCGGAUGUCGACUGGGCCUUCAUCCCCGUCUACGUGGCUUGCCUCCGUGGUCUCGGAGAGCUUGGUCGCCGACGCCCGCGCCAGCUGUCGCCGCGUGUGCUCGACGUUCUGCGGCAGUUUGUCACACAACCCAGCGUCCUCCUACUCAAGCUCGCCCACGACGACCUGCUGAACGCGGCUGCUCGUGCAGUCUGUCAGGUGCUGCGCCUUGGCCCUGCCAUGCACCAGGAUCUGGCCGAGGCGUUCAUUGGGCCGCUUGCCAACCGGCUGUACUCUGGCGAUGAUGUGGCAACGCCGUCCGCCUCCAUCACUGCCGGCCCGGACGAAACUGCUCUGCUCGCCUCCGCCUCGGGCUUCUCACAAGCCGACGCCUCCCAUCAGCACUACUCGGUGUCCUUCCACGUCUCGCGUUUUGUCGUCAUCAUGCUCGCGCACAUUGCUGUCGCGAUGCACGACCGCAAAAUCACCAAGUCUGUCUUGUCCAUUUUGAUGCAAAAGGUCGGUCAGCCGCCGUCCGAACUGGACAGCCUGAUUAUUGAGCAGCUCGGUCGCGUUGCUGUGGGUCAGCCGCAGCACGCGCUGCGCCCCAUCGUCGAGCUCUUCCUGCAGAUUUCGGGCGACUCCGUCCGUCUGGCGCUCGCUCCUGCCAAUGCCCGCACGUCGUUGAUUUCCAACACCCUCUCAGUCUCUCCGAGCGCGCAGUCCGGCGGCCAGCCCAGCCCCGGCUCUCCUGGAUCGUUGCCGUUCUCGCCGUCGGGCACUUCGGGCCUGAGCAACAUUACUGCAAACGCCUCGACGGUCAACUCGCUGUACGGAUUGACGCACGAGCCGUCCCUGCACACGUCUGCGCUGGACCUUUCCUUGGUUGCGCUGAUGAGCCAGAAUCCCACGGGAGCUGGCACGCUCCCCACCAUUCCCAGCGGCGCCUCUGUUGGCAGCACCACGACCACCGGCAGCGCGACCCUUGCCGUGCCCGGUAGCGGGCCCUCGGCUGCUCCGUCGACUGCAACUUCGUCACUUGCGCAGACUGCCGUCACGCGUGCGGCUGCUGCUGUUGCUGCUGCCGCCGCUGCUGCCGCGGCGAGCUCCAACCGCUCCUCGAGCGCUGGCGACAUUCAAGCUGCGUAUCGCCACUGUACUCCCGCAAUCACCGCGUCCUUCCUCCACAUGGCGCAGACGCUGGAGAACGUUGCCGCGCUAGAAGACCUGUUCCUGCGGGUUUGCGAGCUCUUCAUCAAGCUGGGCAUGAGCGUGCAGCAAUCCAACUCGUCCAAGGUCAAAGUUCAAGCCUCUUCUGUUGCCGGCAACCUGGGCUUCUUGCUUCCAGUUCUGUCAGAGCUCGUCAAGCGCGUGCCGCCUGUCAUCAACGCCUCGUCGCGUGCCGUUCGCCUGUUCCGCGACUUGUGGUUUUACCUCGUGACGUUUGGGUUUGUGACGGAGGGCAUGUGGCUGCCCGAAUGGUUUGACGCAGUGACACGGCUGUCUGCCAAGUCGCCGGUGCUGGUCACGAGCGCCAGUGGCUCGUCGUUUGCCGAAGAGUUGGAGCUUGACUCGGCCAUUCGCCGCAAGAAUGUGUCGUCCGAGGAGCAGCAAGAGCUGCGCUCUGCCCUGAGCUUGCUCCUGAACUCGACGCCCCUCAACGCGCAAAUUGCGAAACUGACGCCUGCUCAGUGCACCUACCUGAUGGCCGUGUACCACCUGGAGACCCUGCGCGUGCACACUGGCUCCUUCCGCCAAAUUUUCCGCUACCUCGAGGACAAGGGUAUUGAGCGCGCCGGUCUGUCCGGCUUGGUGCGCGCGAUUGCCAACGAGGUCUUCCACCGCUAUCUGAACAGCAUGGCGGAUCGCGAAAAGUCCUUUGAGCGCGAGUCGGAUCUCGAAAGCCACAUUGUGUUUUUGCUCGUCAACUUUAACAAUGUGAACAAGGUUGUCAAGCGCGCAGCCGACGAGUAUCUGACCGAGCUCGUGAACGCCUUCCCGCAUCUUUCGCACAACGCGAAGGCGCUUCAGGUCAUGUUUGAUUUGAUUGACCUGCUCGCGCGAACGCUCGAUCAAGAGGGCGAUCAACGGCUGCCUUACUACACUGCCAUUCCCGGCACGUCUUCGUCGCUGCUCAUUCCCGGCGACCACGAGGCGCGCGAAAUGAUGGUGCAGGACUUUACGAGCCGUGUGCAGGACUUGCUCAAGUUUGCGAUGCAAGUCUCGCCGUUGGAAAUGCAGGCGCUGCUGCAGCAAUACCUCUCGCAAUCCGCCGCCCAGGACGUUGUGGCGGAGGCUGCGGAGGCCCACGUCGACUCCUCCACCAUGCCCAACGGACGCCAAAUGGACUAUGCAUUCGCGUCGGCAGACCGGGGCAACCUGUCUUCUGCGCACGCUGGCCGGUCGCUCGCGACGCAGUACGCGUCCUUUGGCCUGAAUGCCAGUGCGACCUCAUUGCCGAGCGAUCUGGCGCGCAACCGCCCCGACUGUGCCAAGAGCAUUGCAAGUGUGUUUGUCACGCAGCUCGAGCUCCGCAACCACUAUGCUGGCGAGGUGGCUGGCAUCCUCAGCUCGCUCGGGCCCGCGGCUGCCGCGACUGGUCCCCGCUCGAGCACUAGCUCUGCUGCGCAAAUUCCAGCCACUGAAGGGACGGACGCCGAUGGGACCGUGUCUGGGUUUGUCGAUCGGCUGAAACGCGCCUUGCAUGUUUGCAUCGAGAUCGCCAAGACCAAAGGACCGGAGCAUGUCGACUUUGGCUCGCUGCGUGCCAACUUGUACCGUCUCACUGCCUUUAUCAUCUCGCAGUCCAACUCGUUCCACCACGAGCUCGUGCACUUGGUUUGCUGGGCGCCCGUUUACGUCUUUUCCGAAAAGGCCAUGUCUGUGGGCGCGUUCUGCUGGUCGUGGAUUGUGGCUGCGCGCCCAACGCUGGAAGAGAGCGUGCUGCGCGAGCUCACCCUGGCCUGGGACUGGACGUUGGAGAAGCGCAUGGGUCUGUUCUGCACCUCGCUUCGGGCUGCCAACCCGCUCUUUACGCCAAUGUCUUCCAACACCAAACAAACAAGUGCGGGUACUGCCCUCCUGCCGGCCAUUGCAUCUGCGGCCGCUGCUGUCAAGAAGAUUCUGCCGCCGACGUCCGAGCCCAGUCACCCCAACAAGACGGACGCCGGCCCGCACAAGGUCUGGAUGCGGUUCUUCUCGGAGCGUUUUGAGGUGAUUCGCCACAAGUCUCAGGUGCAGAUCGAUCUGUAUGCAUCGAUGAUUCACCGUACGCUCGCCGACCCGACCCAUCUCAGCGUUCACGUGUCGUGCACGGGCGUCGUGUAUCGCGUCCUCUUGCUGGCGCUCCGACUUGCGCAAGGGACGCACAUUCGCAGUCUGUUGAGCCGCUACCUGCUUCGUGAGCGUGUCUACCAUGCUGCUCUGGCGUGGUUCCGCGUCGAGCCCAGCUGGCCCAAUGGCAACAGCCCGUCCAUCAUUCGCGAAAAUCUGGCGGACAUUAUUGCAUUCACGCGUGCCAUGCGUGCCGAUCGCCGCUACUUCAAGUCCCUCGAACCAUUGUUGUCCGACGCGCUCGCUGGCGGCGUUGGCGCCACCGCGGCGAUUGCACGCAGUGCGGCUGCUGGCGCUGCCGUAGACGCCGCCAUGAUGAAGCGCACCGGCCAGGUGAAGGGCAACACGCUCACGCGUGCUGAUAUUGAGCUCAUGCUGCCCGCGCUCUCCCGCGGCGCCAUGAAUACGAUUGCCAUCUCUUCGAGCAUGUCAGUCAUGUCCAAAGAGUCCAAGCGCUCGCGAGCCGUCAGUAGCGACUACACGGUCGGCCCUUGGGACGGAUACAUGACCGUCAGCAGCUCGCUCAUGUCGGGCGGUGCCGCUGCGGCGGCUGCGAGCAACGAGGGCUUGCUCGAUCCCGAAUCGGCCACGACCGCGGGCUCCUCGAGCACUGCUACGCGGCCCUUGAGCAAUGCGGGUGCACUUGACGACGCUGGACAACUGCUGAUGAAGGAUUUGCGUCGUCGCCGUGUGCUCAUCAUGCUGCUGCUGCAAAACCAAAUCGAGCGACUGGGCGUGUGGCACAACCCGCACGACCUUCCCGGCUUGGUGCUGGAGGGCGAGCGUGAGGUUGUCGGUGGCGCGGCGACUGCCACCGCCGGCGUCAACACUGCCGGCGCAGCGGCGGCCGCGCCAGGAGCCCCAGCAGCCCCGGGCGAAGAUGAGGCCGCCGGAGGUGCCAACAAGGUCAUUUCAGACCGAAUGUGGAAGGAUCACGUGCGCAUGGCUUGGCAAGCGAAUCCGCACAUUGCAGUUCAGAUGGUGGCGCGCUUCUCGCAAUCCGAGGCUUUGCGACGUGAGGUGGAGCGCCGCGUGCGCCUGGAUCCCCUGGCCGUCAGCGGCCUGCCAGAGGCUCUACCUCUGCUCGUUACUGACUCUGCCAUUCGCAGCGAUAUUCCCGAAAUGAGUCACGUCCUCUGCUGGGCGCCCGUCUCGCCCGCUGGAGCCCUGGCGCUCUUCUCCAAGCUCUACUCGCCGCACCCCGUCGUGGCCCAGUUUGCGCUCCGCGUGCUUCGCUCCUUCCCUGCCGAUCUCAUUCUGUUUUACAUUCCCCAGCUCGUGCAAGCGCUUCGCUACGAUCGCCUGGGAUAUGUCGCCGAAUAUCUGCUGCUGGCCGCACAGUCCAGCCAGUUGAUUGCGCAUCAGCUCAUCUGGAACAUGCGGACCAACAUGUAUGUCGACGAGGAGGCCGAGCAUUUGGACACGCUGGCGCCCGAACUGGACACCAUUAUCGGCAAGAUUGUGUCGUCGCUCUCUGGCCAUGCUCUCAAGUUCUACCAGCGCGAGUUCUCCUUCUUUGGCCGCGUCACGGCCAUUUCGGGCACCAUGAAGAAAGCCGUCCCCGUCUUCAAGACCGACGAAGACAAGGCCGCACGCAAGAAGGUGUGCUUGGAAGAGCUCGCCAAGAUUGUCGCCGAGUCGGGCGUGUACCUGCCCUCCAACCCCGAGGCAACCGUUGUGGGCAUCAAGUACUCGUCAGGCACGCCCAUGCAGUCGGCCGCCAAGGCCCCGUACCUUGCCACAUUCCUGGUCAAGAAGUGCUCCGUGGCGGAGAUUGAGGCGUUUGAUGACGAGGCCGAGCUGUCGCCGCAUGUGACGGAAGGCGCCGAUAUUGUCGCCCAGUCUUGCCUGUUCAAGGUUGGCGAUGAUGUCCGCCAAGACAUGCUCGCUCUUCAGGUGAUUGGCCUGUUCAAAAAGAUCUUUGAGCAGUGCGGUCUGGAUUUGUACGUCUUCCCGUACCGCGUUGUUGCCACGUCCCCUGGCGCUGGUGUCAUUGAGGUGGUGCCCAACACCAAGUCGCGCGACCAGCUCGGUCGGCAGACAGAAGUCACGCUGCAUGACUAUUUUGUCGCCACGUAUGGCGAUCCCCAUUCGGUCGAGUUUGAGCGUGCGCGCGCGUGCUUUAUCAAGUCGAUGGCUGCCUACUCUGUCAUCAGCUUCCUCUUACAGUUCAAGGAUCGUCACAAUGGCAACCUCCUGAUCGAUAAGGACGGGCACAUCAUUCACAUUGACUUUGGUUUCAUGUUCCAGUCCUCUCCUGGCGGCAACAUGGGCUUUGAGCCCGAUCUGAAGCUCACCCAAGAGAUGGUGGACAUCAUGGGAGGUGACAUGGAAGCCGCGCCUUUCAAGUGGUUUGUGGAGCUUUGCGUCCGAGCGUACCUUGCCGUUCGGCCGUAUCACGAGAGUGUGAUUGCUCUUGUGGCGUUGAUGCUGGACACUGGAUUGCCAUGUUUCCGCGAGAUGGAUUUGGAAGUGCUGCGGCGUCUCCGGACCCGAUUCCAGCCCGACAAAACCGAGCGGGAAGCGGCGUCGUUCAUGAUCAAGACCGUCAAGAACUCGUACCUCAACACGCGCACCAAGUUGUAUGACAUUCUGCAGUACAUGCAGAACGGCAUCCCGUAUUAGAGGGCGUUUGUUUUGGGUGUUGUUUGUUUGUUGUUUGUUGUUGCUGUUCUGUCACUGCUCUGCCCGUCAAUGAACCAGCGUUUCUCCCCG